CUGCUACCGAGGCCGACCCUGUCACGUGAUCUGUGACGUCACCUCCUUGCGCCGGUCUCGCAGGAAAAGCCCUCAGGAAGAGAUAUCCAGCCUCUGUGGGAGAAAUCCAUUGGCCAGCAGGUUACAGUCCAUACAUCCUUUGACAUCUGAAUCCAUAUGUCUGCAUGUUUUUUGUCAGGUCCCUCACCAAGAUGGCUUCAAGCAACCCUUCCUUGAACAAGCUAGAGCAGAGGGCAUCUGAAGCCGAUCAAGUUAUAGAAUACCUCAAACAGCAAGUUGCUCUUCUGAAAGAGAAAGCAAUUUUACAAGCAUCUCUACGGGAGGAGAAGAAGCUGCGUGUUGAAAAUGCAAAGCUGAAGAAAGAGAUUGAAGGCUUGAAAGAACAACUUAUUAAAACCGAGAUAAAAAAUGGAGUGAAACAGGUUGGUGUUCCUGCUACAACACCUGCUGUCUCCAGCCCAGCUACCUCACAACCUGCUGCUCAACCUGCUGCUCAGUCUGCACCCGUGAAAACCUCCUCUUCGGCACCAAAAGCAGCAGAAGAUAAGAAAAAGAAGGAGAAGCCAGAAAAAAAAGGAGAAAAGAAAGAGAAGAAAUCAGUUACCGCAGAUGAUGAUGCAAAACCUGUAGAUGUAUCUCGAUUGGACCUGCGUGUUGGCUGCAUUAUCUCCGCCAAGAAACAUCCAGAUGCUGACUCCCUAUAUGUAGAAGAAGUUGAUGUAGGAGAAGCAUCUCCAAGGACGGUUGUCAGUGGCCUAGUGAAGCAUAUUCCUCUAGAUCAGAUGCAGAAUCGUAUGGCAGUGCUGCUAUGUAACUUGAAACCUGCCAAAAUGAGAGGAGUGCUUUCUCAAGCCAUGGUAAUGUGUGCCAGCUCUCCAGAGAAGGUGGAAAUAUUGGAUCCCCCCAGUGGAGCAGUUCCCGGAGAUAGAAUUACCUUUCAGGGAUUCCCAGGUGAACCUGACAAAGAGCUGAAUCCUAAGAAGAAGACAUGGGAGCAGAUCCAGCCAGAUCUUCUUACCAAUGAUGAAUGUGUGGCUACUUACAAAGGAGUACCAUUUGAAGUCAAUGGAAAAGGCGUAUGCAAAGCCCAAACCAUGUCCCGAAGUGGCAUUAAAUAAUUUGAAUAUGAAAUUACACUGUGAGGCUGUUUCUGAGAAUCCCAUCAGAGAACUAGAACAAUAAAGGCCAAUAAUUUGUUGAUUUGUGUUCUUUCUAGUGUGCUUUAGUUUUUUUUAAGUACAAUUUCAUCUUAU